GCAAGGGACAAGCCCAUAAUUUAUCUAUAGCUUUAUCUGUAUAUCCGUCGGGCUUUAGGACAGCUCGACAGUAAACACCUGUUGGAGAACGCACCUGAGUACACACCUCCACACCUGGGGAAAACGCUCAGUGUCGUUACAGUGGCGUACGCCAGAAAUACUCACGCAUCCAUAUUAUACAUGAAUGGCGCAAUGUUUAAAUUCAUUACAUACCUGCAGGAUUCAGAGCUGGUAGCCAGAUUUCAAAGGAAAUGUGGCUUGUUUGCAGUCGAGGACGAGCAUCGGCGCGCUUGUGACAAAGCGCACUUGACCGAGGAUUACAGAAACCACGACACGACCAGCAACGCGGCGCUGCCUCGCAGUCGGCGUGGAAAUGGCCAUCUACAGGGACAGCUGAUUGGCGCAGAAGACCACAGCGGCAGCUCUAAUUACAAAGAUGAAAUGAAUGGAAACAAAGUGGAUGCUCCGUCUGGCCCUCAGUACCAGGUGAGGAAUGUGCUCCUGUACUACCUGUUCCUGGUGUCUGCAGGCCUGGGACAGGAAGUCUUCUACAUCUCCUUCCUGCCCUGCAUCCACUGGAACCUUGACCCCUUCCUGUGCCGCCGGCUGGUCAACAUGUGGACCGUGGUGAUGUACAUCGGCCAGGUGUUGAAGGAUAUGCUGAAGAUGCCACGGCCUCUGUCGCCCCCUGUGGUGAAGUUGGAGACGCGCGUGAAUGCGGAAUACGGAAUGCCUUCCACCCACGCCAUGGCAGCCACCGCCAUCUUCUUCACCUUCCUCUUCAGCGCCACCCACAGGUUCCAGUUCCAGUUUGAGUCGGGGCUGCUGUUGGCUGUGGUGCUGUCUGCCCUGGUGUGUCUCAGCCGUCUGUACACAGGCAUGCACUCUGCACUGGACGUUAUUGGGGGAGCCCUGAUUUCAGUGCUGCUGAUGCUGCUUACCUACCCAGCGUGGGACGCUUUCGACCGGCUGCAGCUAACGAGCCCACUCUCCCCCGUGGUGUCAGUGGUACUGCCCUUUCUCCUCAGCUACAGCUACCCCGAGCUGGACCAUUACAGCACCACGCGGGGGGACACCACCACCAUCCUGGGGGUGGGCGCCGGCUGCUCGGCCGGGUACUGGGUGAACGAGCAGCUCGGGGAGACCUUCGAGCCCCAGGGGGACUUCCCCAUCCCCCUCCCGCCGCUGACCUGGGGGGCACUGCUUUUGGGGGGGACGCGCUCCCUGAUGGGCGUGGCUCUGCUGCUGGGCACACGGCACGUGGUGAAGAGUGCCAGCUUGUGGGCACUGUGCUCCUGGCACCAGGCAUGUGCCGGCGAUGCCCGCACGCGCAGGCGCAGAGAGAUCGAGGUGCCCUACAAGUUCACCACCUACACGGUGGUGGGCCUGGUCAACACGGUCCUGCUCAACAAAGCCUUCCGGCUCCUGGGCCUGCUCUGAGACAGGCCUCCUGCCUGAACACUCAGCCAGAACUGCGCCUGAACACUAACCCAGAAAACUCGACUGUGCCUGAACACUCAGCCAGAAACACGACUGCGCCUGAACACUAACCCAGAAACACGACUGCGCCUGAACACUAACCCAGAAACACGACUGUGCCUGAACACUAACCCAGAAACACGACUGCGCCUGAACACUAACCCAGAAACACGACUGCGCCUGAACACUAACCCAGAAACACGACUGCGCCUGAACACUAACUCCAGAAACACUGCCUGAACACUGAGCCAGAUACACGACUGCACCUGAACACUAACCCUGAAACACGACUGCGCCUGAACACUAACCCAGAAACACGACUGCGCCUGAACACAUCCUGGGACUCCUCUGAGAAGCCUUCUGCCUGAACACUGAGCCAGAAACACGACUGCGUCUGACCCUUUCUAUCCAAUCAAAUCCCUGAUCCCUUCUGUCCAAUCAAAACCCUGACACCCUUCUGUCCAAUCACAACCCUGAUCCCUUCUGUCCAAUCAAAACCCUGACACUCUUCUGUCCAAUCACAACCCUGAUCCCUUCUGUCCAAUCAAAACCCCAACCCCUUCUGUCCAAUCAAAACUAUUUAUGCCAGUAAUGUUUUAUCGCUGCCUUUUGUAAAAUACUUUCGAGAUCUUCUCUGUAUUUCUGAUGAAAAGCGCUCUAAAUAAAAUGUAUUAUUAAAUAA